AUGCAGGACGUCUGGACUUUUCGCAAAGCUGAGGAGAUCCAAGGCUACGCGGACCGCAACGAAUGGAAGAACUUCUUCUCUGCGAUCAAAACUGUCUACGGUCCGCCGACGAAGGGCACUGCUCCUUUCCUCAGCGCCGACGGCAAACCUCUCCUGACUGAGAAGACGCAAAUACUACAGCGAUGGACCGAGCAUUUCCGAGGCGUCCUCAACCGCCCCUCCGCCAUCUCCGACGCCGCCAUCGAGUGUUUGCCGCAAGUGGAGACCAACGUGGACCUCAACCUCCUGUCAUCUCUCCAUGAGACCACCAGGGCCGUGCAGCAGCUUUCCAGCGGGAAAGCACCCGGAUCGGACGCAAUCCCUGCUGAGGUCUACAAGCACGGAGGUCCCCAACUCAUGGACCACCUGACUGCGCUCUUCCAGGAGAUGUGGCGUCAAGGUGAAGUCCCGCAAGAUUCCAAGGAAGCAGCAACCGGGCAUCUCUACAAGCGAAAAGGAAACCGCCAAGUCUGCGACAAUCACCGUGGCAUCUCCUUGCUGAACAUCGCCGGGAAGAUCUUCGCUCGCGUCCUCCUCAAUCGCCUGAACGAAUAUCUGGAACAGGAUCUUCUGCCGGAAAGCCAAUGCGACUUCCGUCGUCAUCGUGGGACCACGGAUAUGAUCUUCGUCGCCCGUCAACUUCAGGAGAAGUGCCACGAGAUGCGGACCCACCUGUACUCUACCUUCGUGGACCUAACGAAAGCCUUCGACACGGUGAAUCGUGAAGGACUGUGGAAGAUCAUGCAGAAAUUCGGCUGUCCGGAGCGAUUCACUCAGAUAGUGCGUCAGCUGCACGACGGUAUGAUGGCGCGAGUCACGAACAACGGAGCUGUAUCAGAGGCAUUCGCAGUGACCAAUGGAGUGAAGCAGGGCUGCGCACUGGCGCCUACCCUCUUCAGUCUUAUGUUUUCUGCCAUGCCGAUGGACGCCUACCGCGACGAACGCCCCAGGAUCCGCAUCGACUACAGGACGGACGGUCAUCUCCUGAAUCAACGGAGGAUGCACUUCCAAUCGCGCGUAUCCACAACCACCGUUCACGAACGCCUCUUCGCCGACGACUGCGCCCUAAACACCACCUCGGAAGAGGAGAUGCCUGCGAGAACUUCGGUCUGGUCAUUCUUUAGCCAGUGA